UUAAUUCCAGUAUUUUCUUUUUUUAUUCUCCAUUUUCAAAUUUAUAUAUUUUUAUUUAUUCCGUUUCUGAGUUACUUCAUAAUUGUUUAUUCAGAAUCUUCAUCUUCAAUUCAAUUGGUUACUCUCAUUUUCAAAAUUUCCACUGACAUUUUUAUGUUGUUGAUAAACCGUAUAAGAAACCUCAAAAUGUGACAAAAAAUAUUAAAUAUAUUUCCAGCAACUGUUGUGAACGGUCAGUCAAAAGAAACUCACCUAUUAAUGCACAUACCAAAAAUAUUUAAAUGACCGGGCUGCACAAGUUCUAUCACCCUGAUUUAAAGGCAGUUUAAUAUUUACUCGAAACAGAUUCAAGGGCUGAAAUAUUUAGUAAAAAGAAAUAUCGCUUUUCUGGAAUAACUAGAGAACUUGCAGCACAUUUUUAUUUUAGUCUGUUUAUGAUUUAAAUGCAGGCAGCGAAAGGCCCUCCAAAAGCCGCGUGCAUCACUGGUCCAAAAAGACGGACUGUUUCCUCUCCUGCACCCUCCUCGGUCCUCAACGCUCACUGACUCGCUUCUAAUCCGUUUUUGAUGAACUUGGUUAAUGGACCUCCUGCAGUGGCUUUGGCUCUGUUCAUUAGGCAGCACACGACCUUCUCCACGCCCCCGGAUUCACGCAAGCCGUGUCCCCCCCCCCCCCCCGACGUGUCUCUCGGGUCCAUAAAUUCCCGUCCCAGAGUUGGGGAAGUUUGAAUUUGCGCUUCCGUCCCCCAGCACUGUGUGGUUCUGGUUCUGCUUCAGAGGAACAAGUGGAGACAUGCCGCCACGUAAAGGCCUGUUUGCGCCCUUCAUCACCGCAACUCCGGAGGGCGGGGUCGGCCCCGCGGCCCCCGUGGAUCUCAGCGGGGACAUCCACGCCCUGCUGCAGCGGACCCGAGCGCAGGAGCAAGCCGAGGCGGCGCGCUCCAGAGACGGCCGUGAAUUCUGCGAGGCGUCCCCGUGCGCCAUCGUGGAGCUCCGGCUGGGCCCCGCGCUGCACUACCUGCAGCCCGACAGGUGCGCCCUGGAGCGGGCGCAGAGGCGGCGGCGCCUGGCCGCCAACGCCCGGGAGAGGAGAAGGAUGCUCGGACUGAACGUGGCGUUCGACCGGCUGCGGAGCGUCAUCCCGAACCUGGAGAGCGAGAAGAAGCUGUCCAAAUCGGAGACUCUGCAGAUGGCCCAGAUUUACAUCAGCACCCUGACUGAGCUGCUGCAGGACGGGACCGGGACCUGCGGGCCUUCGGAACCGAACAAAGCUGGACCUGAGGGUGAGGUUCGGAACGCGGAGAGGAGCAGAUAACCGGAACGCGUGAUAGAAACUGAGGGACACUAAAAGACUCAAACUUUUUUUUUUUUUUUACUGUUUUCUGCUGAUUGUAAAUAAAUUCUGCAAUAAUG